UUUUUUUUAUGGAAUUCGUCGAUGUCGUCUGCUAUGAAAGUGAAUUUUCGCUAGCAAAUGCUCCGGCUAGAAUUGCAAGAGCUUGGAAGAAUCAAUCGUCUGCAUUAAGUGCUCCGAGAAACAACAAAAGUCGUGACUCAAUUCGAGCAAAAGAAUAGAACGUAUAUUGUUUAUUCAUUAAAGUCUGGGAGGAAGAACAACCUGCUUAUUUUUUCUGUGUUGUUUGCUUUUUAAAGUGUUUUUUGUUGUUGCUUUUUUUCAAUUAAAAUUUGUUCAAAGUUUAUGUUGAAUUAUGUCAGUGACAGAUAAGGCAACUUAAAAGAUUGUCACUGCCCCUAGAUGGUGUAACCAAGAGUGAUUACAAGGAAAGAGUUAUAAAACCUGCAAUUCUUUUUUAUUUUUGGGAAAAGUUUGCAAAAUUGGCUGCCAGCAGAAUGAGGAUUUUUCCGUGGCGGCUGCAGAGCAUUCAUAAAAUGCUUGAUUUCUAUUCACAAUUUAAUCCAUCGCCGUUGUCAAUAAAGCAGUUUUUAGAUUUUGGUCAAAAUGCUUGUGAACGAAAAUCCUUCGUAUUUCUACGAAAAGAGCUUCCUGUACGAUUGGCGAAUAUAAUGAAAGAAAUUGCUCUACUUCCUGAAAACCUACUUGGAACACGUUCCGUUGGUGAAGUGAGUCAAUGGUAUGCGCGUAGUUUUGAAGAAGUUCUAGAAUUCGAACUAUCCGAACCAACGCACAAAAAUCUCGAAAAAUUCUGUAGUACACUGGUGCAAAUACGAAAUCGCCAUUCAGAUGUGGUACAAACAAUGGCGCAAGGAGUUAUCGAGCUCAAAGAAACUCAAGGUGGUGUUGUUGAACCUGCAAUUGAAACCUCUAUUCAGUAUUUCCUUGAUCGUCUUUAUAUGUCACGUAUUAGUAUAAGAAUGCUUAUUAAUCAGCACACAAUACUCUUUGGUGAACCAACAACGCAACAAGGCAGACAUAUUGGAUGUUUAGAUCCAGCUUGUGAUAUAAGUGCGGUCGUUCAAGAUGCCUUUGAGAAUGCUCGUUUCCUCUGUGAUCAAUAUUAUUUGGCUAGUCCAGAACUUGUGAUACAUCAAUGCAAUGAUUCGGAAGGAACUCUCCCGGUUCGGACAGUUUAUGUACCCUCACAUUUAUAUCACAUGCUUUUUGAAUUAUUUAAAAAUGCUAUGAGAGCUGUACUCGAAUAUCAUGAUCAUGAUAAGAAAUUACCACCAAUUCAAGUUGUUAUUGUUCGAGGAAAAGAAGAUAUUUGUGUUAAGAUUUCCGAUCAAGGAGGUGGCAUUCCCCGAUCACAAACAGACCAGCUGUUUAAAUACAUGUACAGUACAGCGCCACAACCGUCAAAGUCAGAUAUGCACACGGUACCUCUUGCUGGGUAUGGAUAUGGUUUACCAAUUUCAAGACUUUACGCAAGAUACCUUCAUGGUGAUAUUGUGCUACUUUCGUGUGAGGGUUAUGGAACCGAUGCUAUUAUUUACCUCAAGGCUCUAUCUGACGAAGCAAAUGAACUAUUGCCGAUCUUCAAUAAGACCAGUUCGAAAUUCUAUCGAGCAACAACACCAACCGGUGACUGGUCUAACCAGGACUUUGGCAACCGUUGGCGUUAUUUGUUAAGUUUAAUCCGAAAUAAAAAUAACUAAAGUAACCUCUCCCGCGACUAGUAAAAUUGUGAUAAAAUUAAUUGUUAAUUGAUUUAAGUUAAACAAAAUAAAAACAGCUUUUAUAAAGCAAAUUGGAGUGUUUUUGAACUUCACACUGAAAUUAAAUUAAUAUUCAUCAAAACAUUAAAUAGAUUGUAUCGUUGCCAUUGAUUUUCUUUCUAUUUAUCGCCAAGAGAUUAACACAUUACAUUGUAUAAGUCGUUAAGGGUAUUUUAUAUUGCUAGCCAAUUUUAAAUAGUUAUUAAAAAUAACAAU